AGGUGGUGGGGCGGGAGGGCAGCAGCAGGAUGGAGGUGUUGGACGGCCGCCCAGCUCCCUCUAGCCCGGACCACAGCGACCCUCAAGCGCACCUCAAUAUGGGCGGUGUGAGUCCCGCAGAGGGUCCCACUCCCCCUGCCCCCCCGCCGCCGCCGCCACAGCAGCAGCCUCAACCCGACGGCUACUGGAAUAUGCACCUCGAGGUGCUCAGCAAGUUGAAGGGUGAGGGUAAGGACUGGUAUGAGGGAGACAGCCUGGAUGGUCUAGGACAGGCCGGUGCCCUAAAGCAAGAACCGGACCCGUAUGCUCCUUACUCUCACCUCCACCAACACCACCCCAUGACCCCAGAAUCCAUGCAUGGACCCUCACUCAAUGGACCACACAACGGACCACAUAAUGGACCACAUAACGGACCACUCACUGGGCCUCACAACGGAUCUCACAUGGGGUACCCGCCUCUCCAGCAGCAGACCCAGCAGCAUCAGCACUAUCAGGGCUACCAGAGUCACCCUGGGAUGGGGGACAUGUCUCCCAUGUCGCCCAACUACCAGGGGCACCCGAGACCUCCGCCUCACCCACAGCAGCACAUGAACCAGCAGCACAUGGGUCCGCAACAUAUGGGUCAGUACCCUGACCAGCAGCAUAUGGGUCACCCACACCCUGGCCAAUACCCAGGCCAGCCCAUGGGAGGUCACAUGGGCCAGGGCUUGCCAGGUCAGGGCCACCCGGGUCACGAAGGACCCCCGGGUCGGGAAGGAGACCCAUACAGCUUUGUGGACGAGUACAGCGGUCCACCUCCCAGACCGGUCGAGGAGAUUCUUGGUCAGACGCAGCCCAAGAGAAGAGGGCGUAAACCAAAGCACAUAAAGCUUAUGGAAAAUGGUGCUGUGCCGUGGUAUGAUGACUGCAGUGUGCACGCCACGACAGCUGCAGGGGUACACGAAACACCUGAUGCAAUCAGUAUAAGUGGGGAUCCAUUAGCAAUAGCUGCUGCUCAAGCUGCCCACGAAGCCAAGAAGCGCAAGUGGAAGCAAUUAGGACCCGACGGCAAACCAGUCCUGUCGGUGGUCAAACAGCGGAAAAAAGUUGACCGAUUUGAUGGUAUCCCGGAGGACGAAGUGACCAAGAAGACGUUACCCGACCACCUAGGACCUAACCUGGAUAUAGUCAUUAUUUCUAAAUUCCCAUUCCAGAUUGGAAUAAAUCCAGGUUUAUUUGCGGCUUACAAGGGACACCAUUAUGCUGGCCCAGGAAACCACUUUUUGACCUGCACCAACCAAGGGAAAUGCUUAUACCUGUCUGGCCUGAUCCCCGAGCCACUUACUUCCGAGGAUGACUUCCGAUUACUGGAACAUGGAAUCGGCUUUACCAACAUUGUUGCUCGUACAACAAGGGGCUCGGCAGAUCUUACACGCAAGGAAAUUAAAGAAGGUGGACAGAUAUUAUUGUCAAAAUUGCAGCAGUUCCAGCCAAGAAUUGCAGUCUUCAAUGGUAAAGGCAUUUAUGAAAUCUUUUCUGGGAAAAAGGAGUUCACCUUUGGCAGACAACCAGAAAAGAUUGAGGGAACACGCACACAUGUAUGGGUGAUGCCCUCGUCCUCGGCUCGAUGUGCUCAGCUGCCCAGAGCCCUUGACAAGGUCCCGUUCUACACUGCUCUGAGGAAGUUCCGCGACUUCAUCAAAGGAACCCUAGACGAGCUGAACGAGGAGGAGAUUACCUUUGUGAACGUGAAAGCAAAGUCUUACAAAAUGGAACAUAGUGAGAAGCAGGAACAUGGGUGUGAGGGGCAGCCCGGGGAGGUCUGUCCCACGUCUGACCCAUUGAGCUCACCCAUAGACGGAGACAGCAUGUUGACCAUCAAGGAGGAGCCUGACGUUUCCACCAAGCUUGAGGGUGACGUGGAUGAGGACGAAAUUAGUAAAAACAUGCCCAAGACGCUCUUCAACCUGAAUGGGAUGACCAGAGAGCAGUUAGACUGUAUGGACUGUCCCACAAUACCCAUCAGGAAAAAGCGUGGAAGGCCUAAGAAGACCCCAGAUGAUCCUAAUGCUCCACCCCGUCCUCGGCCACGUCCGAUGAACAUGGAUCCACUGCUGUUCAAUGGUGAGGAGCCCAUCAAGAAGAAGAGAGGGAGGCCGAAGAAGGUCCUGGAGGAUGGGACGAUACCCCCUCCCAAGCGACCAGGUCGAAAGCCGAAGGCGCUCAAGGAAAUGCUUGCUGCUCAACAGCCGCCGCUUCCGCAUUUACAGCAGCAUCCCCAGCACCCACAGCCCCAUCAGCCACAUCAGCCCCAUCAGCCGCAUCAGCCCCAUCAGCCGCAUCAGCCCCAUCAACCACAUCAGCAACACCAGCCACAACCACAUCCACAACACCAGCAACACCCACAACACCAACAACUAAGUCAGCAGCAACAACUAAGUCAACAGCAACAAUUAAGUCAACAACAAUCACUAAGUCAACAACAGCCUCCACAACCAGUGGGGAUGACGCAUAUGAAUGGCAUGAUGUCCCCAACGGGCUUUAGUCCCAACCCAGGUGCUCAGACUUUCUCUCCCCAGUAUGGAGGCCACACCCCAGUGCAUGGCGGAGGGAGCCUCACCCCCAACCACAAUACUGGCAAUCAGACCCCAGGUCACACUGCAGCCAUGUUACCAAGAGGGCCUACACCCCAGCAGCAGUUUGGCCAGUCACCUGGUUACUCCCCUGGUCCAGUGAGCAGUCAGCUCCAGCAGCAGCAACAGAGUCAGCAGCAGCACAGAGCAACACCUUACAGCCAAGCUGACACACCAUCAGAACUCAAGGUGGAAGAAGAACACCAUUUAGGUCUGUCUUCUCCUCCUGGAUCACCACUGAUGGCCCAGCCGGAUUUCGAGCCUCCUAGCAGUAUGCCAGAAGGAGACAUGUCUAUUGGUGCUUCAGACACACAGAGCUCAACAGCCCUAACCCCAGGUCAUCAGGAGGACGGGAAGACGUCUGUACCAUUAAACUCUAGGGACCAGCCUCAGCUCACGCCAACUAUGCCUGGCCAGUUCUCAAACCCUACAACCCCUGUUGAUGGCAGUUCUUACCAGAACUACCCUUCUUAUCCUUCCAAUGCAUCACAUUCACCAUCGAUGGUCAAGCCUGCAGUACAUCCUGGACAGUCUCCAACCUUGGUGAAUAAGGGAGAUAUAGCGUCAAAGAGCUUGUCGGGCCUGGAGUCAUUAGUGGACCAGAUACCAAGCUUAAAUGAGCAUGAGACAAGCAGCCAACAUUCUGCUCACUCUAACUCUGCCCCUUGUUCCAACCCAACCACUCCUGGCCCUCCUGCGGGGUCCGCCCCGUUCAGUCCUGGCCAUGUUCCGCCCACCUCCUCUUAUCAGAGCUACCCAGGGGUCAGCAGCUCAGGAGCUUCAGCAUACUCCACCUCUCACUAUGGCUCCCCACAGUCCUCACACCCAUACUCCCCACACUACAGCUCCAACAGUACAAACCUCAGUACAAAUUUCAGUGUGAGCUCACUGGCCAAUAGCAGCAUUAGUACGACUAUGUCUUAUAGCAGUGCUUAUGAUCUGGGGUCACCGCAAGCGUCGACCAGCUCAUUUAGUGUGUCAUCGUUGACGAGCAGUGCCCCUGCCCCCUCACCCUCCAUGUACAGCCAGUCCUAUUCUCCUGCUCCUCCAACUGCUCCUGGGCCACCACCUUCUCACUCAUCAUACCCAGAUAUUAUGAGCCCCUCCAUGUUGGCUCCCACUCCUCCCAUGGGCUCAUCAUUUAUGGGAUCCCCCAGUUUGAUGAGUUCACCCACACCAAUGAGCUCAAGUAUGGGUAGCUCCUCAAUGGGACCCAUGGGUGCUCUACACUCCUCUAUGGGAAUGGCAGGGUCACAGCUACCAUACCCAUAUUCACAAUAUAGUGAAGCUGCCCCUGGAUACCCCCCUCCUGGGCACUCCACGUUCCCGUACCCUCCCACAGCUCCUGGGUUCCAUGUUCCCUCCCCCCGCUUCCCCUACCCGUCCCCCUACGCUAACUCCCCCUAUACUCAAGGCUACUCCCAGAAUGCCGUGCUGGAGCGCAUCAAGCAGACCAGUAUGGGUAUGGGCUUUGGGGGAUUUUAAGGUGCAAGGAUAGUAAGAAUAGAAGUACUCUGGUGUAGUGUACUAGCCGUGUAAAGGAAAUAGGUCUCACUGUUUCCCAUGCUCACUGUAUUGUCUCAGUGUCAGUUCCUUGUUUUAGCUUUUUUAUAUAUUUGUUACCCUAGAGCACCUGGUAAGCUCCACUUCCAUCUCCUCACUGUCAAGUGAUAAAGUGAAGGAGGUUGUGGUACUUGAAAGACUUAUUGUAUGUAAACUGUUCUCUGUGUGUGGAGAAGGGAGUGUUUGCUAAAUAUGACAGGGUAAUAAUAAUUGCUAAGCAUUGUGAUGCACUACAGCAGCACUCCUCCCCUCAGUGAACAGUGUCGACUGUUGCAUCACCAUUCCUGCGUUGUGCACCAAUAAUGGCCAGUGAUCUCAUGAGCCGUGUAACAGGCCGACUGACCCAGCCGCUUUGGGGCAGUUAUCAUCAUAACUAACAAACGCUAGGUACCACCUGCUUGGAUGGUCCCAACCACCUGCCAGGAAACGGUAGUCCCACUGCACUAGUAAAUCAGGGGACAAAAAUAAAAUAAAGUCCUUUGUAACAGUGAACCUGGGGACAAAGUCCUCCACAACAGUGAAUUAGGGCUAAAAAGUCCUAUUGAAAGUGAACUAAAAACUGGAAGGUCCUGCCAGAAGUGAACUGAGCUUACCCCACGUGAAAUAUCUUGACAAACUUAUGUCCCAGACAGAAACUUGUGAUGUGGAGAUGUGUGUGUGUGGAAGUGAAAGAGGAAUUACAUUUGGUUUCCGUGAGAUUAAGAAAAAAAUCAUAGGUUUUGGCACCCAGUCCAGGAGGCUUGUGAAGAAGUUUAUGUGUGAGACAGUUCCUUCCAACAGAUAAUGUAAAGUAGCAUUAAGAAGCCAGACCCUUUUGUAUGGAGAGCACAAUACUCUUUUGGUGCAAUAUAGUCAUCAAUCACUCAUGCGCACAGUGUUGACAGAUGUUUUUGAGGAUAUUAACACACUUGUUUAUAUCUACCACCCAUAUUUGCAGUUUAAUGAUUUGUAGUGACAACCUCCCACCUUAAAACAAAAUUAUCACAGACUAUCUAAUACAGUUUGUGAAGCCAUGAAUUUUCUCAAGGGUACUUUCUACUUCACAGUAAGCUCAUGUUAAGAAUCUCAUUAUACUAGUUUCAGUGACCUCUGAUUGCUCAGAUAUACUAUUUGACUGUGUUGAAUUACUUUGAUAUUGACAAAUAAUGUGUAACAUUGUAAAGGCCAUGGCUUUGCAUCUGGCGUCUGUAUCCAAUUAUUGAUUGAUACGUAACUCUUGUAUCCAACUGUUUGAAACCUGGUGUCUGCCCACAAGCAGUAGACAGUCAGGGUUGUGGUGCCCAGCUGUGUUCCAAGCAUCAUAUAGCAGUAGAAAUUGGUUAUGACCCUUGAUAAUAAGGUGAACUUCAUUCAUCCAGUGACAAAUAAUUUGCUGUGGACAAAUGUAAAACUUGAUUUCCACAAUGCUCAUAAAUUUUUAUUAGGAGUGCAUACUAUUUAUUUAAAAAGACAAAAAAGUGAAAAGUCAAAUGUCUAUUGGAAAGUAUAUAUGAGAACUAGUGUAACCAAGUUUUGCUAUUUGAUGAAGGUGUAUGUCAGCACAGUCUUAAAGCUGAGUAGAUGUAGGUAGUGUGUCAGGAAGGGAGGAUCUUGGUAGGCCAUCACUUGCAGACUAUGAUUUUUAAAACCAUUUCAAGCCAGAGUUAUGAAGCAAAGCAAUCACUCAUCACUGUGGUAGUCUUUUUUGUGAUAUAUUAGCGAGUCCAGUCUAGUUCAAAAGUGUCAGUGUUUCUCAUCACUCGGAUAGUUUGCAGGAUUUCAAUCCGGAUAUAACAAUACAGUUAGAGCUUAAUAAAUCACCAGUCCAUUUGAUUUCUUUUUUGUUUUGUUUUUGUUUUUGAUACAAUAAUAGUUUCAGCAGGGAUGUGGAUGGUUGUACUGUGAGUAUAUUAUAGAAAGGGUGGGUUAAUGUGAAUAAUUAAUGUUAUUUUGGGGUGGGUUGUUGUGGGUCAUUUUUGGGUGGAAUGGUUGUAAUAAAUGUUGGUUGUAUGUAUGGUCUUUGUUAUCUACAAGAGUAUAUAUUGUUAGAUGUUUCAUUGGUUACAUAAACUAACCAGUUUGUAAGUCUGUACUGUAAUUUUUUUAGGGAAAGCCAGACUAUUGUAUACAUAAUGUAAUGUAUAGAUUUAUUUAUUAUUUUUUCCAUUUUUUAGAUUUAACUUCAGUGAACAAAGGAAUAUUCGUCAUACAAAUACUUUUACAAUAGAGUUUUUAAAGCAUUUUUUGCCAUUUUCAUCUGUAUGUUGUUAAGAGAUUGUAAAUGUUUGCAUCAUUAAGGUUUUUUAAUGUAGCAGUUUACAGACCGUGCUGACAUAAUUUCACAGUUUACCAGGAGUUUACCUGUAGCUCAAUACUGGAAAUAAAAAAUAAAAAAAAAGAAAGAAGAAAGCAAAAACUAAAAGAAUAAGUACUGGUGCAGCUCAGGCAGCUAAGUAACCUUUAAAUCCAUUUCCUUCAGACUGCCAGCUGAACACUCACGUGGCUGGCGCUCGAGAGAGUUCUGCCCCUUGUUAGUAUUGGCUCCCUUGAAUCCUAAGAGUUUGCUUUAUCGUUUCCAUGACCCUGACAGACAUAUCACACCACCUGCUUGAUGGCAAACAUAAUAACUGUUUGUAGGAGAAAUUAAAAUCAAAACGAUUGUAAUCUAUGCAAGUUAUAAUGUUUUGGCAUAAAUGUUUCGCCUCAAUGAACGUGUAAAAUUCAAUAGCUCAUCCACACUUCAGAUCAUAAUGACCGUAAAUACAUUUUUCAGCUGUGGCUCCAUUUUUUAAAAGGAUUAUCAUUUCAUUUUUUACAUAUGUUUUAUUUUUCAUUUUUAUCUUUCUUUUCUUGAUUAAUUAACUUACUAAGCAAUAAGAAGAGAGAAUAUGUAGUAGUGUGCAUACUUUAGUGUUGACAACUCCUGUAGGUGUGGUUGGUGUGCAUGGGUGGUGGCGCAGGGUGCCCGCGGAGGCCGUCCCACCACCCCUUCUUAAUGAUCCCACGGCUACCAGGUACCAUGUCUGCAACUUGUCCACCACCACAGGUACUGCUUCUGAAUGGUAGUUGUGUGCACAGGCUGCCACUGGUGCACUAGUAUGACUGUGAUACUCUGUGUGUUCGUUCGGGUGUGCCAUGCGCAUGGUGGUUGGUGUAAGGUUUGUGUCCCGGGGUACCGCGGGAAGGGUCGGCUGGGCCGCACGAUCUCAUUGUUAAUGUGUUGUCCCCCCGUGGCUCCAGGCCCCUCCCCCCCACCCCCUCCCAGUCUUUCCCGUGGCGCCUGUGGUGGUGGUGGUACUGGUGGUGAGCCAGCGUUGGUGAUGACAGUGGUGGCUGUGGAGUUGCAGCAUCACCACUAGCACUCAUGGACAAUUCACUCCCCCUCCCCCUCCCCCUCCCCCCUCCUCCACUCCAGCUAGCGGUCUCACCCAACCUCUCCCAGUACCUAACGUGUCUUGUUCCAGUCUUUUCUAUAUUAGAAAUGUUCUUGUGUUACUAUUAAUGUGCAUUAUUUAUUCUCACUUAUUAUUAUUAUUUUUUAUUUGUUAUACACUUUUAGAUAGUGUAGCUAUGUUUCUCACCCUCGGCUAGGGCCGGGGGUGCAGGCGCUGUCGCUGGUGACGUGUGUGGCACCGUAUUCCAUCCAUGACUAGUUUACCUCACGUUCCUCUCCGUAUUUAUAGCUUAUAUUUUGAGAGCAUUUUGUGUGUACAUAGCUUUUCUCCAUCUUCUAAUGCAACUCCCUCGGAAAGAAGAGCUGAAUCUCACUCUCCCCAAAGCCUCAAGCCCCCACCCCCCCCACCCCACCCCCACCCCUUCCUUGAACGGCUUCCCAUGACCAUAGGCUCGUGGCCGGCUUCUUCACACUCCGCUAAAUAGACUUUUUUUUUUAAUGUAUAAAGUGACAACAGUAGGUUUAGGCUUCGACCUGGGUGGUAUUCUCAGCUGUCCAGGACUUAAUGAAGAGUUUUUUACCAGCCUGUGUUAGAUGUCAGUGCAGUUUUCAGUUUCUGUAUGAUGAGAAAAAUGAGGAUAGUCGCGUGUUGCUCUGAAGGUAGGCAGGUAUCCAUGUGGGUAGAGUACGUAAAUAAGUUUUGUAAUUUAUACCAGAUGUUUCAUAUAUUUUUAAAAUAUUUAUUGCCGUUACUGCACUUUUUCCGUUAUGGGCACGGAAGGUCUCUCUGCUUCUCGCUGUUGAGCUUUAAUGAAUCCAUUGUUGCAGCCUGAGAGGCGUGGGCGGGAGGCCAGCGAGGCGUCCCCCCCACGCCCGCAUCCCCAUGCCCAUGUACAACCCACACUGUCACAAGCAGGUUGCCACAUCUGUUGCCUACCUGCCUGCCAGCAGUAUGGCAACCUUAUGCCCUGGGAUGCUAUAUUAAGUACUCAGUUCUUUUGGUAUUGUUUUAAAUACCAGGUGUGUCAAUAGUGAGCAUUGUUAACAUUGUGGGCAUGGGGGUGCAGCUGAUGCGUGACCAGUGGUGUGGGUGAGACGUGCAGGCCCACUGCGUGUGUGGAGUGGGUCACCCUCACCCCAGCAGGUCACCUCAUCCCUCACUCAUCGCUCCGGGCCGGUGCCCUUCACCCCCCUGGGCAGCCAUCCCCUCCACUCCCCCCCUCUCGCAACUGAUACCUGUGUUUUUAUUUGAACGAGUCUGUACAGUUCUUGUGUAAUGACUAGAAAUAUUACUGAGGAUAAUGAAAUAAUAUACAUGUGUUGUGAUUUCUCAAACAAAAUAAAUAGUGUGAAUUGUGUUCCUAA